CUCCCACAUCGACGCCACUCCCCGCCAUUCAUUUAUUUUUCUGUUUCUUUUCAAACACACUCCCAAUUUUUCAAAAUCAAAUUCUCAUUCUCCGCCUCCUCCUCUUCUCCUUCUCGCCACCGUCCACGCCCGCGCUCUGUUCGUAGUUUCGAAUUUUCAUUACCUUCUUCUAAAACUGUACUCAAUAAACCUCUACCUCUUACUUUUCAUUUCCUUGGCUAUGGACUCGAAGCAGGGGACUGGCAAUUACGAGGAAGAGUGUUCGACGCCGACCCGGUGGGAGUGUCGGAUUCCGGCGGUCUUUAACUGUCCUCCGCCCCCGAAGAAAAAGAAUGCAACUGCUGGAAAGAAGCGGGAACCACCGAAACAUGGCUAUUUUCAGCCACCUGAUCUUGAGGCUCUGUUUUCUAUUCCUCCCAGAAGGGAAGCCUGCGCUUAAAUUUUAUGCUCUGUUUUAGGGUUUUAAGGAAAUGGGUUUUUCUUUUUUUGCUUCUUCUUCUGUUUGAUUAGAUUGUUCUAUUGAAUUGUGAAUACAUUUUGAGAGUUUGAAAGUUGAUUUGGGUUUUUUUUUUUUAGGUUGCCAUUUAUGAGAAUUUGUAUUGAGAAUGGAAGAAUCUUGGGUUGAAAUAUUAUGGGUUAGUUUUAAUUGGGGAAACAUAAAACUUCAUGUUUCUCAUUAUUGGAUUUUAUUUAGAUUGCUAAAUUUACUUGAUAAUCAUAGUCUGUAUUGCCUUUUCACUAGCAAAUUCAUAUUUAAAUCCUUA